UUAUAUUUUCGGCCAGAAAAAAUGAACGGAAAAAUAUAUCGUAGAAAAUUAUAAACAUAAAAAAUAAGAAAUUCAUCAGAGCCGUACCGUGUAAAUUGGAAAUGUCGAAUGAAAAAAAUACAAUGGCCACAGCCGGAGCGCCAUCCGCGCCCGCAGCCAGUGGAUAUAAUCACCGUCCACCGCCUCCUUCCUACGAGGAAAGCCAACGCAUGUAUGGAUCUGCUGCUAAUAGGGUAGCACCAAACCCUUUGCCCAACUCAUAUAUGCAACCAUACAAUUACAAUGCUUCGCCUCAGCAAGCACAGACGUCCAUGUAUGCACAAAACUACGCUCCGCCGCCACCGCAAUACUAUCAACAUCAUUACGUGACCGCAACUGCUCCUAUAACGUUUAACAAUGUACAAACUCGAAAUGAGUCCCAUAUCCUGUCUUUAGCACCAGGAGCCAAGGUACGAACAACUCCAACAGGAGCAGUAAGUAUACCACCACCUCCACCUGGUUGCGCACCAAGUGCAGCACAAUAUGCUGCCAUGCAGGGGCAGCCAGUUGUUUUGAAGAAAACAAAGAGAUCUUUCUUCUAAGGGAAAGUAUGUAUGUGCUAUAUAGGCAAGGCGAGCAGAAAAGAGACCGAAAACAUUUGUGUGACUUGGUGUAUGAAUAAAAAAAUGUGCUUUAAACCACUCUAAACAUAUAUAUGUAUGUAUAUCCCUAAAUAAAAGCGUAAUUAUUUUUCUUCUUGUUCUUGAA